CCUCGGCUCGCCCUGCGGGCACUUGGCAGGCAGCAGGGAGCAUGGGGAGGCUCUGCCGUGGCAUCGCCCCCCUCCUCGCGUGGUGCUUCGUCGCCUUCCAGGAGGCCCAGGCGCAGAAGCAGCCCCGCAGCCACGCCGAGGAGCGCCUCUUCAAGCACCUCUUCACCGGCUACAACCGAUGGUCGCGGCCGGUGCCCAACACCUCCGACGUGGUCAUCGUGAAGUUCGGGCUCUCCAUCGCGCAGCUCAUCGACGUGGAUGAGAAGAACCAAAUGAUGACCACGAACGUCUGGCUGAAGCAGGAGUGGAGCGACUACAAGCUGCGCUGGAACCCGGCGGACUUCGACAACGUCACCUCCAUCCGGGUGCCCUCUGAGAUGAUCUGGAUCCCCGACAUCGUGCUCUAUAAUAAUGCCGACGGGGAGUUCGCCGUGACCCACAUGACGAAGGCCCACCUCUUCUCCAACGGGAAGGUGAAGUGGGUGCCCCCCGCCAUCUACAAGAGCUCGUGCAGCAUCGACGUCACCUUCUUCCCCUUCGACCAGCAGAACUGCAAGAUGAAGUUCGGCUCCUGGACCUACGACAAGGCCAAGAUUGACCUGGAGAACAUGGAGCACCACGUGGACCUCAAGGACUACUGGGAGAGCGGCGAGUGGGCCAUCAUAAACGCCAUCGGCACCUACAACUCCAAGAAGUACGACUGCUGCACCGAGAUCUACCCCGACAUCACCUUCUUCUUCGUCAUCCGCCGCCUCCCGCUCUUCUACACCAUCAACCUCAUCAUUCCCUGCCUGCUGAUCUCCUGCCUGACCGUGCUGGUCUUCUACCUGCCCUCCGACUGCGGGGAGAAGAUCACGCUCUGCAUCUCCGUCCUGCUCUCCCUCACCGUCUUCCUGCUGCUCAUCACCGAAAUCAUCCCCUCCACCUCGCUGGUCAUCCCCCUCAUCGGCGAGUACCUCCUCUUCACCAUGAUCUUCGUCACGCUCUCCAUCAUCAUCACCGUGUUCGUCCUCAACGUGCACCACCGCUCGCCCAGCACCCACACCAUGCCCCGCUGGGUGCGCGGCUUCUUCCUGGGCUUCAUCCCCCGCUGGCUCUUCAUGAAGCGCCCCCCGGCGCUGCCCCCCGCUGAGGGGGCCGCGGGCCAGUAUGACCCCCCGGGGACCAGGCUCAGCACCUCCCGCUGCUGGCUGGAGACCGACGUGGAUGACAAGUGGGAGGAGGAGGAAGAGGAGGAGGAAGAAGAGGAGGAGGAGGAGGAGAAGGCGUACCCUGGCCGUGUGCCCCCUGCAGGCUCCCAUGCCCAGGGCACCCAGUGCCGCUACGGCUGCGGGCGCCAAGCAGGGAAGGCAUCGGGGGGCCCAGCCCCACGGGUGCCCCCCAAGGAAGAGGAGGUGGGCUCGGACCGGGGGCUGCUGCUGUCCCCCAGCAUCCUGAAGGCCCUGGAGGGGGUGCAGUACAUCGCGGACCACCUGCGAGCCGAGGAUGCUGACUUCUCGGUGAAGGAGGACUGGAAGUACGUGGCCAUGGUGAUCGACCGCAUCUUCCUCUGGAUGUUCAUCAUCGUCUGCCUGCUGGGCACCGUGGGGCUCUUCCUGCCGCCCUACCUGGCGGGGAUGAUCUAG